ACAUCGCUUGUUGGACAAAGCGUAUCUUUUGAAUUCAACUAUACAUCGAUAAAGCACUUUAUAAUAUCAUCAUGAAAACUAUCGUGUGCCUGCUUGCCAUCGUCGCAGUUAUUGCCGCAAACACCAUUCCAAUGCCCAGCGAUUCCCCUGCGAUUAUCAGAAAGGUAAGAGCUGCGGAAAGUCCUGAGGAAAACGCCCCUACCCAGACUGGUACGGCUAAUGCGGAAGAUAUGGAAGGAGCAGAAACCUUCGGAUUCGGUUAUCACAAUCAUAAACAUAUUUACAUUACGCCCUCAUACGGUGGCCAUUAUGGUUAUCCCUACUACGGUGGGUAUGGAGGAUACGGCGGCUAUGGUGGAUAUCCUUAUGCUUAUGGCUAUCCUCAUUACUACUAGUAGUGUUUAAUAGUGCUAGGAGCAUUUUCGUAAUGUGCAAUGCAAAACUGUCGAUAGAAUAUCUCUCUGAAUGUACAACGUUCUACUAAAUCAAUGAGCAAUAGCAAUUUUAUUUCCAAUAAAAAAUUGUAUAAACUUAUCUGAUAAAGUAUUAUUAUUUGUUAUUAUUAAUUAAACUUCGUGCAAUUUUCGACGUCGUAUACCCUCCAGUAGAACACCUAACUAAAAACA